AAAGCCCAACCCCUCCCUUUCCUGCAAGAAGUCGGGCGUGUGGGGGUCCCGUUGGUUCGGCUCUGCAGAGGCUGCCUGGGGGCGCCUGAUGGGAUCCGAAUUUGCAAGGAUCUCUAAUUCAGACAGACAGAACUUGGCAGAAGAUCAAGGGAUUCCUUCAUCUCUCUUGGAGGCUUUCUGAGAGCACAGAUGGAUGAGAAAAACUCAGCUGGCCCUGAAGCAGGAAGAGGCCAUGCCAUCAGAACUGGGAGCAGUGGGGGAUUCUGGGAGAAAACUGUGCAGAAGAUCCUGGGUGAGGAGGACACUCUCCGCUCAGAGGCGCAGAGCCAGCAGUUCAGGCAGUUCUGCUUCCAGGAGGCCCAAGGACCUCGAGAGGUUUGCAGCCGACUCUACAACCUUUACCAUCAAUGGCUGAAGCCAGAAAGGCACACGAAAGCUGAGAUGCUGGACCUGGUGAUCUUGGAGCAGUUCCUGGCUGUCCUUCCACCGGAGAUGGAGAUCUGGGUGAGGGAAUGCGGAGCGGAGACCAGUUCCCAGGCAGUGGCGCUGGCCGAAGGUUUCCUCCUGAGUCAGGCAGAGGAGAGAAAGCAGGCAGAGCAGCAGAGACAGGAUCUGUUUGCAGAAAUGGGCCCAGAUUCCUCUGAGACCAAAAGGACUCCGUUGAACACCAGAGAAAGGCUGCUGGGUGACCAGAUGAUGCCAGUAAGACCUCUUCUUCCAUCUAUUCCUGGUGGGGAAGGAGAAGCAACGGCUGUGGAAGCAGCUCAGGGUCCAGUGUGCUUUGAAGAUGUCACUGUUCAUUUCACAGAUGAGGAAUGGGCGUUGCUGGAUCCUGACCAGAGAGCUCUGCAUAAGGAAGUCAUGAAGGAGAGUUGUGGGAUAGUGGCCUCUCUCAGUGGUGAUGAUUUGGAAAUUGAGAGCGAGGACGCCCAUGACAGAAUGCACACAGUGGAGAAGCCAUUGCCACUCUUGGAGUGUGGAGAGAGCUUCAGUCACAGCUCCCAUUCGACUACCCACCAAAGAAAUGCUAUUGGGAAGAAACCCUCUCAGUUCUCUGAAUGGGGGAAAACUUUCUGUUGGAAUGAAAGCCUCACUUCACAAGAAAUAAUUCCCACAGGGGAAGACCCACUGAAAUGCUUGGAAUGUGGAAAGAGCUUCAGUAAGAGUGCACAUCUCAUUUCGCAUCAAAUAAUUCAUACAGGCAAGAAACCCUAUCAGUGCUUGGAAUGUAGGAAAAGCUUUAAUACAAGCAAAACCUUCCGUAAACACCAGAGAAUUCACAGGAGGGAGAAGCCAUUUGAAUGCCGAGAGUGUGGAAAGAGCUUCAGUCAGAGAACCCAUCUCACAGCCCAUCAAAUAAUUCAUACAGGUGAGAAACCCUAUCAGUGCUCGGAAUGUGGGCGGAGCUUCAAUCACAGGACGACUCUCACGGUCCAUCAAAGGAUUCACAGUGGUGAGAAACCCUAUCAGUGCUCAGAAUGUGGGAAGAGUUUCACUGUGAGCUCCCAUCUCACUUCCCACCAAAGAAUUCAUACCGGGGAGAAACCAUAUCAGUGUGUGAAUUGUGGAAAGGGCUUCACCCAAAAGGCAAGUCUCACUUCCCAUCAAAGAAUUCACAGUGGUGAAAAACCUUAUCAAUGCAUGGAAUGUGGGAAGAGCUUCAGUCGGAAGCAAAGUCUCACUUCCCACCAAAGAAUUCACAGUGGUGAGAAACCCUAUCAGUGCUCGGAAUGUGGAAAGAGUUUCUCCCAGAGAGCCAAUCUCAGUUCCCACCAAAGAAUUCACACAGGUGAAAAACCCUAUCAGUGCUGGGAAUGUGGAAAGAACUUCAGUCUCAGGGCCCAUCUCACUACCCAUCAAAGCAUUCAUACCAGGAAGAAACCCUAUCGAUGCUUGGAUUGUGGAAAGAGUUUCCUACAGAGAGCCGAUCUCACUUCUCACCAAAGAAUUCACACAGGGGAGAAACCAUAUCAGUGCUUGGAAUGUGGGAAGAGCUUCAGUCUGAAGCAAAGUCUCACUUCCCACCAAAGAAUUCACACAGGGGAGAAACCCUAUCAGUGCUUGGAAUGUGGGAAGAGCUUCAGUCAUAAGCAAAGUCUCCCUUCCCAUCAAAGCAUUCAUACCGGGGAGAAACCCUAUCGAUGCUUGGAUUGUGGAAAGAGUUUCUGCCAGAGAGCCGAUCUCACUUCCCACCAAAGAAUUCACACAGGGGAGAAACCAUAUCAGUGCUUGGAAUGUGGGAAGAGUUUCCACCAGAAAGUCAACCUCACUUCCCACCAAAGAAUUCACACAGGGGAGAAACCCUAUAAGUGCUUGGAAUGUGGAAAGAGCUUCAGUCAUAAGCAAAGUCUCCCUUCCCAUCAAAGAAUUCACAGUGGUGAGAAACCUUAUCAGUGCUUGGAAUGUGGAAAGGGCUUUGGUAAGAGGACCAAGCUCAUGGCCCAUGGACGAACUCACAGUGGUGAGAAACCCUAUCAAUGCUUGGAUUGUGGAAAGAGUUUCAGCCAAAGGGCCAAUCUAACUUGCCAUGAAAGAAUUCACACAGGGGAGAAACCAUAUCACUGCUUGGAAUGUGGGAAGAGCUUCAACCAGAAGCAAAGUCUCACUUCCCACCAAAGAAUUCACACAGGGGAGAAACCAUGUCAGUGCUUGGAAUGUGGGAAGAGCUUCAGUAAGAGGACCAACCUCACUUCCCACCAAAGAAUUCACAGUGGUGAGAAACCAUAUCAGUGCUUGGAAUGUGGAAAGAGCUUCAGUAAGAGGACCAACCUCAUGGCCCAUCAAAGAAUCCACACUGGGGAGAAACCCUAUCAGUGCUUGGAAUGUGGGAAGAGCUUCACCCGGAAGGACAACCUCACUUCCCACCAAAGAAUUCACAGUGGUGAGAAACCAUAUCAGUGCUUGGAAUGUGGAAAGAGCUUCGGUAAGAGGACCAAGCUCAUGGCCCAUCAAAGAGUUCAUACAGGGGAGAAUCAUAGAAUUUUAGACCUGCAGGAGACUUCUGGGUCGUCUAGUCCACUGCAGGACUCUCAACUAAAGCUUCUAUGACAUACUGCCUUCAAACUUCUCCUUACAAACCUCCAAGGCAGGAGAGUCCACAACCUUCCAAGGGCAUCUCUAAUUUGAAGCCAUUGAUUUGGGUCCCAGCCUCCAGAGCUGGUGAAAACAAGCUUGUUCAAUCUUCCACGUGAUAGUCCUUCCUGUUCCUCAGAAGGCUUGGUUUCCCAACGCUUAAUUGUCUUGCUCACCCCCCUCUGCACACCUUCCAGCUUGUCAAAAUCCUUCUUAAAUUGGGGCACCCAGAACUGGACACAGGACUCCAGGUGUGGUCUGAACAAGGCAGAAGAAAGUGGGACUAUUACUUUUCUUGAUCUGGACACUUGACUUCUUUGGACGCAGCCUAGAAUAACAGCCUAUUUCGCUGAUGUUGACUCAUGUUAGUCUUGUGGUCCACUAAGACCCCAGGUCUUUUCCAUAUGUACUACUGACAAGCCUGGUAUGUCCCAUCUUAUAUUUGUGCACCUGAUUCGUCUUGCCUAAGAGCAGAAUCUUACCUUUCUGCUUAGUGAAAUUUAUUGGAUGCCUUUAUAUACCACCUGUUUCUUCAAGAAGCUCAGUGUGGUCUUAAGUCAUUCUCCCCCUCAUCGUUUAAUCCUGACAACAACCCUGUGAGGUAGGUUGGGCUGUGAAGCCAUCACCCAGUGACUGAGUGGAGAUUGGAACCCAGGUCUCCCAGUUCCUAGUCCAAAACUCUUAAGCACUGCACCCCACUGGCUCUCGAAUGAGACUCUUGGAAAGUCCAUGCAUGCACAUUUACCGAAAGUUUCAGUGCAAUGUCUUGGUGUUUGUAGUUAAAGUUUUAUACGCAUGUAUCAAUGACAUUAAUAUAAUAAUGGUAAUUACAGUAGAAGAGUAAAUUUUAGGAAAUGCUAGAUGGUGAUAGGGGUAGUUUGGAGUUUGGAAUGCUGGGAUUGAGCAAUUGAACUGAAAAAUUUCCACAUAAAUCACAAGAUCUAAAAUAUAAAAACAAAACACCAACAGCAACAACCCCCCCAAAAACCCCCAAAUUCAAGAGUCUGUUCAGCAGCCUCAGCUUUUGCAGCUGGAGUCAAUCCAGGCUCUGCCCUCCCAGGCUAGGUGGAAAAGGUCUCUAAGGAGAGAGCCCGUCUUCUGGGACUUGCAGCCAAGAUGGUUGGCUGCAACCAUUGGAGGGUGGAAUGGAAUGGGACAGUGGUGGCAAUUGUGGAGCAGGGUUGGUUAGACCUGUAGUAGAGAAACAGCAUUAUAAUCCCCGUUGUUGCAGCUGUAGCAAAGUUUCAAAAGGAAAAGAAAAGAAAAGAGAACAUUUGAAACCACAUGUUUAUGUCUAUUUUUUAAAUAAAUCAGUUUAAUGAAUCGAUGCACACUUCCUCCUUUGUUAUGUUUGGGGUGAAGUGUUGAAGAGUUCUCUGUGGUGGCAACAGGAAUAAAGGGGAGUUUGGCAGAAGAUCCAUCUCCUAGCCGUGCACCUUGAAUGAAAAGGGAAGG